GAAGCAGUGUUAUGCAAAAAUUACAAAACACAAGGAUAAUACACACUCACUGGAACUACAUAUAAGUCAGCUGCCUGCACAUUGAUAAAAAUGGGAAGAAACUGGCCUGAUGGAGAUAGUUGAAUUUGAUGUGCCUAAGGCUGCCUUAGUUCACAAAAGAGAAAAAAGCCCCACUAAAAUACCAAGUUGAAUGGAAAAAAAUCUUAGAACUAAGGCAUCUGGUGGGGUAGAGAGAGAGCUGAGCUGGCUGCUCAGGAGCCCUGGGUCCCCGUCCCAGCUGUUGUGUUGGACUGUCCUCACCCACUUGUAGGUCCUUGUACUCUCAUCUGUAAAGUAAGGGGCUUCAUGAGAUGAUCUCUAGGGACCAUUCCAGUGCUACAGAGUCUGUGAUUAUGUGACAGAUUAAACAUUAGGGCUGAAAAAAACACAGCAAAUAGUAUAGAAAGGUUGGAAAAAAAGGCAUGCUUCUAUGGGUGUCAAGCGGUUGACUGUUGGACUUCAUUAAAAAAAAUGAUGAUCUCUGUAGGAAGACAGUCCCUGAUCUCAAGGAAUCCAGAGUCUGGUGCUCCUCUCUGGCUGACUGAAACAGCCAUUUGGGUAGAAGCUUGAAAUAAAGUAAGCUGAGGCAGAAGGCCAGUUUACUUGCUUUGUUUUUUAAAGGAGGUCUUGAAAUCUUUUUACUAUCUCUUCCCACACUCCCUCCACACAUCACUGGGAUUGUUAGACAAUCCCACUUUCUUCCUUCUGCAGACCUUCAUCUUAAUUCAGGAUCUUUUUUGAUUUGGAAGCUUCAUGUACUCUAAUAGCCAGCCCAAGGGGGCAGGUGGUUGAAUGGAACUUGUUAAACACCCAUAGAGUUCAAGGCCCUGUGCUAAGAAUCAGGCCUGCAUUAGGACUUCCAUGGACCGUAGGUGCUGGUGACAUUUGUGCUUUGGAGGUGCAGACAGCAAUCCCAGGUAUGUGGAUGAUCCUUUCGCCGACUCAUCCUUUUCUGACCUUAUUUUAUAUACGCCCUAUAGCUGCAAUGAAGUUAAUCUGAUUUUCAAAAACAGCUUGUGAAAUCAGCCUCAUUACUUUCCAGUCACACCUUUAGGUCUCCCAGAGUGGAGUGAACAGACCACAUGUUCUGAUCACUUUCUAACUAUUUUCCAAUUAACCAAACCUGCCUCCCAGGUAAAGGUCUGGAAGGAGGUGAGUGUGUAUGUAUGUGUAGUGUGGAUUUAUACACCCACAUCUAAGCAUGUGCCUCUACGGUCCACAGCCCAAUUUCAAGUGAUGUUUGCAUUAGUCGCUCAUUUCAUUUCACCUCCACAUUUUCUGUCCUGCACUGAUCAUUAGGAGUUGACUCUAGUUUGAAUCCCAAUCAAAUAUGUUAGCAAUGGACCCCAGAAGCAGGGCUGUAAACCCAACUGUUAUGUGCUGCUUUUAUCUAGAGGACUUGAAUAGAAGCAAGAAGUUUGCUUGCCUUCCUCUGUGGGCUCUUUCUUUUUUCUAUGAAACAGACCUGGGAAUAUCAAGACCACUGGGUGCACUACACAAAGUUGAUAGAGACGAAAGACAUGGUUCACAGCUUCUACUACAUCUACUCAGUACGCUGGAGCAUCCCAACUGCCAACACACCCAUGGCACUAGGUUCUGCCUCUGUCUACUUCACUAUCAAGGUCAACAAAAACAAACCUCCGGAUGCACCAAUCGAUGUCUCUUACAUCUUUGAGGGCCAGUCAUUAGUUCACAGACCAGGAAUGACUUACUUUCAAGAAAAAUGGCUGUGGGAACUUAUUGAGGCCAAACCUAUUUUAAUGCAGUCAAUUCCCUUCUAAUUCAACUGUGUCUGAUUCUCACAGAAUGUUUUAGGAUUGAAUUUCUAAUCAGAAUGUAUUAAAAAUACAGUACUCUCCAUCAAACCACAGAAUAUUUAUUGAAUAAACUUGUGCCACACAAUCCAGUUGUAUUUUUUGCAUUCAUUUUCAAUUUGGCAACUUCCAUCAUAUUAGCAGAGUAACCAGUAAGUUGUUUUCUAUUUUCUCUUUAUUUAUUU